AAUGAAUCCAAAGAAAAAACUACAAAAAAACACAACAGUCUCUCCAAUUAUUCCAAAUCCCACACCCCACACUGCUCACUUUUUUCCCAAAUAAAUUCUUCCCAAACCUUUUCACAAAUACCACACAACAUUUUCAUAUUACUUACUUUUUACAUUAAACCAUUCAAAAUGCUUCCCUCUUUUUUACUCUUCUUACUACUACUUGCCGCUAGUACCAUCGCCACCUCCGCCGCCAUCUCAUACCCUCAUUUCCAGUUCCUCAACCUCACUCAAACCGCUACUUCCAGACAUCACCACCGUCCAUUCAAAACUCAUGAUCGUAAGUUAAACCUCGUACACAGAGACAACUUAGCUUCGAAAAAUAACUCAAGUGAAUUAUAUAAGCUCGCCAGCAUUUUUCAUGCACGUAUUCAGAGAGACAAGAGGAGGGUGGCUUACCUUAACCACCGCGUUUCAGGCGGUGCUGCUGCUUAUCAAGUGGAGGACUUUGGUGCACAAGUGGUGUCCGGUAUGAACCAAGGCAGUGGAGAGUAUUUUGUUCGGAUUGGAGUUGGAAGCCCGCCUAGAGAUCAGUACGUGGUUAUUGAUUCGGGUAGUGAUAUUGUUUGGGUUCAAUGCCAACCUUGUACUCAUUGUUACCACCAAACUGACCCUGUUUUUGACCCGGAUGACUCUGCUUCUUUCAUUGGAGUCUCUUGUGCUUCCUCUGUUUGUGACCGGGUUGAGAACGCCGGUUGCCAUGCCGGUCGGUGUGGGUAUCAGGUCAUGUAUGGUGAUGGGUCCUAUACAAAAGGCACUCUUGCUCUUGAAACACUUACGUUCGGACGGACUGUGGUCCGAAACGUGGCUAUCGGGUGCGGGCAUAGCAACCGGGGCAUGUUUGUCGGGGCGGCUGGAUUAUUAGGCAUUGGUGGCGGUUCCAUGUCUCUUGUUGGCCAGUUGGGUGGUCAGACUGGAGGAGCAUUUAGUUAUUGUUUAGUGAGCCGUGGAGGAGAUUCAUCCGGAUCGAUAGAAUUCGGACGUGCUGCAUUACCCGUGGGUGCUGCUUGGAUUCCUUUAAUCCGAAACCCACGGGCUCCAAGCUUCUACUAUAUCGGGCUAUCAGGUCUUGGUGUCGGAAGCUUGAAAGUGCCCAUAUCAGAAGAUGUUUUCCAACUCAACGAAAUGGGCAGCGGAGGAGUCGUCAUGGACACCGGGACUGCCGUCACUAGGCUUCCGAUGCUAGCAUACGAGGCAUUCCGCGACGCAUUUAUAGCAGAAACCGGAAACAUCCCUCGUGCAUCCGGAGUAUCCAUAUUUGAUACUUGCUACAAUCUAAGUGGGUUUGUAUCGGUUCGGGUACCAACAGUAUCGUUCUACUUCUCGGGUGGGCCAAUCCUGACCCUACCAGCGAGGAACUUUCUGAUACCAGUGGAUGAUGUGGGGACGUAUUGUUUUGCAUUUGCAGGAUCGACAUCAGGACUUUCUAUUAUAGGGAACAUUCAGCAGGAAGGGAUUCAAAUUUCUGUCGAUGGGGCCAAUGGUUUUGUGGGGUUUGGCCCUGAUGUUUGCUAAGAUUAAGUAGAUGUUUAUAGCUAUAUAAAGGGAAUUUUGCUAGGCUUUUAGUUAAAAGUUACUAUAUCAAUAUUACUAGAGAAUAAGAUGAAUAAAAUUUGUACAAAUUUAUUAUGGUUGAUAAUUCAAUUUAGUGUGAUAUAA